GAGCUGGUGCCCGGCAGCAGCCCUUUGCAGAGAGAGCCCUGGGGAUUGGAGAGAGGCCUUCCCCAGUCCCCUCUGCUGCCUCUGCUCCUUGACCCCCUACUCCUCCUCAGGGAAGUGAGGGCAGCUUUUCCAGCUCCUGGACCGCUUGGCCACCAUGAGCCACUCUUCGGGCCUGCGGGCCAGCUCCAGCUCCACUUCGUACCGCCGCACCUUCGGGCCUCCGCCCUCGCUGUCCCCCGGGGCCUUCUCCUACUCCUCGGGCUCGCGCUUCUCCAGCGGCCGCCUGCUGGGCUCGGCGUCCUCGGGCUCCUCGGUGCGCCUGGGCAGCUUCCGCGGGCCCAGGGCAGGUGCGGGCUCCCUGCUGCGCCUGCCCUCGGAGCGCCUCGACUUCUCGGUGGCCGAGGCCCUCAACCAGGAGUUCCUGGCCACGCGCAGCAAUGAGAAGCAGGAGCUGCAGGAGCUCAACGACCGCUUCGCCAGCUUCAUCGAGAAGGUGCGCUUCCUGGAGCAGCAGAACGCGGCCUUGCGCGGGGAGCUGAGCCAGGCCCGGGGCCAGGACCCGGCGCGGGCCGACCAGCUGUGCCAGCAGGAGCUGCGCGAGCUGCGCCGGGAGCUGGAGCUGCUGGGCCGCGAGCGCGACCGGGUGCAGGUGGAGCGCGACGGGCUGGCCGAGGACCUGGCGGCGCUCAAGCAGAGGUUGGACGACGAGAUGCGCAAGAGGGAGGACGCCGAGCACAACCUCGUGCUGUUCCGCAAGGACGUGGACGACGCCACGCUGUCCCGCCUGGAGCUGGAGCGCAAGAUCGAGUCCCUGAUGGAUGAGAUCGAGUUCCUCAAGAAGCUGCACGAGGAGGAGCUGCGCGACUUGCAAGUGAGCGUGGACAGCCAGCAGCUGCAGCAGGUGGAGCUGGAGGCGAGCGUGAAGCCGGAGCUGACGGCGGCGCUGCGGGACAUCCGCGCGCAGUACGAGAGCAUCGCGGUCAAGAACCUGCAGGAGGCAGAGGAGUGGUACAAGUCCAAGUACGCGGACCUGUCGGACGCCGCCAACCGCAACCACGAGGCGCUGCGCCAGGCCAAGCAGGAGAUGAACGAGUCGCGGCGGCAGAUCCAGAGCCUCACGUGCGAACUGGACGGGCUGCGGGGCACCAACGAGGCGCUGCUCAGGCAGCUCCGCGAGCUGGAGGAGCAGUUCGCCCUGGAGGCCGGCGGCUACCAGGCCGGGGCCGCGCGGCUGGAAGAGGAGCUGCGGCAGCUGAAGGAGGAGAUGGCCAGGCACCUCCGCGAGUACCAGGAGCUCCUCAACGUCAAGAUGGCCCUGGACAUCGAGAUCGCCACCUACCGCAAGCUGCUGGAGGGCGAGGAGAGCCGGAUCUCCAUGCCCGUCCAUUCCUUUGCAUCCUUGAGUAUAAAGCGAACCGUGCCUGAGACGGAUCCUCCGCAGGACAGCCACAGCAGGAAAAUGGUUCUGAUCAAGACCAUCGAGACUCAGGAUGGGGAGCAGGUGGUGACUGAGUCGCAGAAGGAGCAACGCAGUGACCUGGAAAAGUCUUCCAUUCACAGCUACUGAGUCCAGCACCCGAGUGCUGGAGGCCAAGGGGCCCAAACCCUCUCUCUCACCCUGUGUAGCCUCAUCUCCCUUUGCAUGUGUCUAGGGGUGUCCCCUCACCCCUCCUUAGGCCCAGCCAUGCCCCCCAUCCCAUUCCCAGCUGGAGCUGGGAUGCUCCCACUUCUGGUGCAUAGAAAUAGUCACUGGGUUCCCUUUUCUCAUCUUGACAAGUAGCUAAGGAUCCACAAAACUAGUCUGUAGUCUGCUCCUGCCCUUCCCAGUGAUGCGCUGGUGGGUCAGGUCUGAGUUUCACUUCUGUAUGAAAUAAAACUGCUUCAAGAGUC